AAAAAAUUACGGACAUGAUCAUGCUAUAGACAAAGUAGUGGAUGGAAAAAAUGCGGAUUUGCUGGCAAGGAUAUGGGGAACUGGUGAAGAAAUCUUUGUCGGCGAACAAGCUGGGCCACCUAAUAAACCUGACCUCACAAAGUUAGCAACGGAUUCAUUCAAGUUGUAUCGAGAAAUGCGGGAUUGUCUGAAUGUUAGGAUCUUACGAGCUAUGGGAAAAGGGGAUGUAAAUUAUAAUAACCGCAUGGUCUUUGGAAUAUUUGGUUAUCUUUAUGAAAUUAAAAUGCUUAUAAUGUGGAAAGACGGAGUAUAUGUAUAUGAGGAAUUUGGAAGUUUAAACAUUGCUUCUAUUCCGGAUCACAUUCCUAUGAUGAAAACAGAUAUGUUAAAAUUGUUAGAAUUUAUGAUGAUCAUUAAAACAGAAGUGGAAAAUACCGUGACAACAGAAUAUAAUAGUGAUACGAUACAGAUUUUGAAGAGAAAAUUUAAUGAACUAAUCCAAACAAAGGUAACACCACCAAAGGUUCCAAAG